ACACUCAACAAACAAAAAGCUUGUUUAAUUUACGCUGUUCCGUACUCCCGCCAACUGGCUCGCAUCCGUUGAAAACAGCAGAAGAAGACCACCGCAUUUCCAGAGGCUGGGUUUAUGAUUGAGUCCACUGAACGUUAAGGUGUCUCAACUACACUGGAUACCAGGUGACUACAACUACGGCUGAAGAAUGUCUGUCAGGCUUCGAGUCAUACUACAAGAAGAAAUUCGCAAGCUUUCCUUGCCCUCAGGUAUCCCUCAGACUGUGGGGGAAUUGAAGAAUAUUUUGCAAGAGACAUUUUCUAUUGAACAAGAGUUUGCUAUUCAGUUUCAGGACGAAGAUUUUGAUGGUCAGUUUUUUACUCUCCUUGAAACUAAGGCCAUACAUGACAAAGACACUAUCAAAGUGGUUCUUACUGAACAGGUUAUUACACUAACAUAUGAGGAUGCUCAAGUACUCGAAGAGAGCAUUGAUAGCAGUUUUGCCGAGUCAUUGGAAGAUGCCUGUUCCACAGCAUCCACCAUAAUUCUGUCUUCUCCAGAGAGCACCUCCUCCCUUCGUUUUGAGUCCUGGCCAGCUCAGUUUGAGAUACCCACCUUCUCCUUUGACACUGAACUCAUUCUACAAGCUGCAAAUGCAGCUUACAGAAAGGAAGGAACCUUACUCAAGAAUCCUGCUGUAAAGUCCAACAUUCUGGACAAACUAGCAGAUAGCAUCUUCAUCUACACUGCCUAUCCUUCACAAGCACAAAGGGAGCAGGUUGCUGAGGCCCUGGUUCUGAAGCACCCAUGUUUGAGGGACCCAGUAUCCUUCAAUGGUUUAUAUAGUUGGCACAACAGCUUGAAGUAUAAGAUAGGCAAUUACAGAGCAAAGGUGAGACACCUUGGACUACCAGAGCUAAAUGUAAACUCCCGAAAGACAAAAUCGUCUGCAGACUCCAGCACUCCAGGUAGAGGCUUGAAAAGGGCAAAGAAAUCUGAGGUGAACUACCUCCCGCCUCAUCCUCAAGGUGAGACUGAUGCAACGCUUGAAAAGGAGCGAGUGGAGCUUCUCUAUGAGUACCAGAAGAGAGACAAUGACAAACUCAUUAAUGAGAAGAUGGCAAAAACCUUCUCACUGCGUCGAAACGAUGUAAUCCUCCAACCACCUGUGAUUUCCUUCAAAGCUCGAUGGCCUGCCUUGUUUGAGUGUUCCCAGAUCGAAAAGGAAUUCCGCAGGAUCACACUGAAGCCAUUGCAGUCCACAUUCCUGGGCAAGUUGGACCAACACACACCCAAGCUGUUGAGCCUGUACAGGAGGAAGGGUGGAGCCGUUGGGAAGAAACUUGAUGAGACCCUUGACAUGUUAAAUGAGGACAACACAAUUGAGUUGCGAAGAGAAGUUGUGAUCAGAGGACUCACACUCUACCUUGGUGAAAACACUGGAGAGUUAAUGAAGGACUACCAGGUUUUUAAUGAUGACGAUGCUGCAACCAUCCAAGAAGCUAUUACUACAUUUGUCCUCGGCAUCUUUGUUGUCAGCAAAGCCAGGGAUGGUCUCCCCAAGCAAGCUGGAAUAGCCAUCGAGGGAGCAGAAGUCCUUUUUGGUAUCCCAGAUGUGGCACAUGCUUGCACCUAUCUGAUGGGCCUUAUCUAUGCUUUGGAACUGAGGUACUCUAAUAAACUGAAAUACACGUUUGAAGUCUUUCAGAAGAUCUUCCUAGAGCUAGAGGAUGCAAACAAAAAAAUGUCCUCCAAAGUCCACGAUCUCAAGGUCUGUUUGCAAGCUUAAAAGCUAUACAGAUGGUGUUGAAGGUGUAGGAUUUGAGUGAGCUCACUCUUAUCAAGUUUUACAGAGUUUUACAGUUGUUCUGAGAUUCUCCCAAUGCACUCUCUCAGGUUACAUUAAUUGUUUUUUUGUUUUUUUGUAUUCUAUGAUGUUGGCAAAUAAUUCAUUUAUAAAUAAGAGUUUGAUGAUGCUGGCGCAUACUAUGUUAGGUUACAGUUUCAAAUUUGAGAGCUGCUGGAUUACUGCAAAAAUAUGUAUUUUUAAAUGUCUGGUUUUAAAAAAACAAUUGCCAAAAUUGAAAA